AUGGCUUCAACACCACAGAGUCAGGCUUCAAUGCUUGCUACAAUCACAACGGACCUAGACAAGAUAGCGCCAAGAUUCGACAUGCAACCGGAGCAGAUCACGAUCAUUCAGUCGCCUGCAGGAUUCUACGAAACGCUCAAAACCAAGAUCUCCAAGGCUCAACGCCGGGUCUAUCUAUCAACACUGUACAUCGGUAAAACAGAGCACGAACUCAUCUCCACUAUCCGCACAGCACUCCAAAACAACCCUAGCCUACAUGUGUCCUUCCUCACCGAUUCUCUCCGUGGAACACGCGAGACGCCAGACCCAUCAAGUGCAUCUCUCCUCGCUCCCCUGAUCGCAGAGUUCGGCACAGACCGGGUAGAAGUGCGCAUGUACCACACACCAAACCUCACCGGCCUGCGGAAGAAGUACAUUCCCAAACGUAUCAAUGAAGGCUGGGGCCUGCAACACAUGAAGCUCUAUGGCGUAGACGACGAGAUCAUCAUGUCCGGCGCAAACCUCAGUUCAGAUUACUUCACCAACCGCCAAGAUCGAUACCACCUCUUCCGUUCUAAGGACUUGACCGACUACUUCGCCAAGAUCCACAAUGGCGUCGCAAAUUUAUCAUUCGACAUCCAACCCUCGGAUAAAGAAGGAAGCGGUGGCUACACGAUGACCUGGCCAUCCAGCAAUCCCGCCCCAUCUCCCUUAGACUCGCCAUCGAAGUUCAAAGCCAGCGCAUCAAAGCACCUCAGCCACCUGCUCACUCCCUCCAACUCCCCCGCGCGCCUCCAGUCCGCGUCUCCAAGCACAACAACCAUAUACCCCGUCCUCUCCCUCGUCCCGCUUCUCAGCACAUCCACCGAACUCCCCGCCCUCACCAAGAUCCUGACAUCCCUCACACGCUCACCCUUCAAAGGCUCGACAUGGACGUUCACCGCAGGCUACUUCAACAUGACAUCCUCUUUCCGGCGACUUCUUCUGUCCACACGCCCUGCAUCGGGCACUGUGCUCACCGCCCACCCGCACGCAAACGGCUUCUACGGCAGCAAAGGUGUGAGCGGUAUGCUACCGGACGCCUACACGCAUCUCGCGAAGAUGUUCUUGCGGAAAGUGAAGCACGAAGGCCUGAGCGAAAGCAUCACGCUCAAGGAGUGGAAGUACGGCAAAGUCAACGAGGAGGGGGGGUGGACGUACCACGCUAAGGGACUGUGGGUCAGCUUCCCCUCCGCCACCACCUCAUCCGACCCUCCAUCUGCCGCUACGGAGAAACAAGAAGACCCGAGCCUCACAGUCAUCGGCUCCUCAAACUACACCAAGCGCUCCUACGAACUCGAUCUCGAAGCCAACGUCAUCAUCGCGACGUCGGAUCCGGGACUAAGACAACGGCUGGGCGAGGAGGUCAAGUGGCUGAAUGAACAUGCGAAGCCUGUCAGAGAGGAGGAGUUUGAGAAACCGGAGAGGAAGGUUAGUGUUGGAGUCAGGCUGAGUAUGUGGGCUGUUAGGGUGCUGGGCGGUGCGUUGUAA